CUAAUUCAACACGGAAUGGAAAAACCCACAUUUACAAAACAGCAUAUAAAGAAGAAACACGACGAACAGUAACAGGGGUGAAUUCAAAAUAUUGAAAAUGAAUAACUCGGGACAAGUUUGUAAAAUUAUAGUGAUAAUUUCCUGUGUGGUAAAUGUACUGUUAGCGAUAGUAUUCGGAUUUUUACUUGCAUUAAACUGGGAUGAUGUUGGAACCUACUUUCGUUUUAAAACUGACACUCCAGACCAGCAGGAAAUCAUCGGUAAUGUAAGCGGUGAUGGAGAGGUACAAACAAAAGACUCGGUUUGUUUUUCGUGUGACUAUUUAGGAAACAGUGUGAGUGUGAAUGAGACACUUUACGACAAAAUUGUUACAACUGAUUGUCAACACAAGUUAUGCUGCAUUAAAAACAGCGUGAUUCAUGAUUUUGUACAAGCGACACUAAAUCAGAACGAUGCCAAAGGUAAUAAUUCUUCGAUCCGGGACUCGUUCACCUGGUGGAGAAAUAGACCCCACUCCGCCCACCUUUAUCUGGACAGGGAUAAUUCCGUUACAAAGGAAAACAAAUUGCGGUGGAUAGCUGACGAUUCAUAUGGCACCGCAUUUGCACACGACAUUGAACUGAUGAACGGAACGCACAUGCGCAUCAAAACAGGUGGCGUCUAUUUCAUCUACAGCUCCACUACGUUUGAUCACACUGGUCAGGACACGGUAGAAACUCUGUAUCAAAGUAUUAUUAAAUGUCACCCUAUGUUGCCCAAGACGGGCGAUGUUGACCUCAUUUUCAGUAAAUUUGGGGGGUCGCCUGAAUCCGAUAGACAUCAUACAAAUUUUCUUGCGGGGGUGUUCGAAUUGCAAGGCGAUUAUCGUAUUGCCAGCCCCCUGUCUCAGAGUGGACACAAGUUUUUGGAUAAAUCCUCGGUGAUAAAAAAUUAUUUUGGAAUAUACAAGUUAUAAUCUUAUUGUUGUCAUGAAACUUUUGUAAAUAUAUUUAAAUUUAUGAAAAGAUUAUUUAACUGAGGAAUCUAAAUCCUCAAAAAUGAUUGAAGCUGGGAUCUAGCUUGUGGUGACAUUUUCUGUGAUGUGUUCUUUAACAAAAUUGAAGAACGAGACUAACUUUGUUCCCAUAUGAGAAUUGGUGACUGUAAGUAUUAGACUCGUGCAGGAAACUGAUCCUAAGAUCACCGGAUGGAUGGC